AUGAAGCUCGGUCUUUUAGGUUUAAUUGGUGGAAGCAUCGCAGCUCCAGCGGCUUCGCGACAGAUUUCCAUCCAAGUCCAGACUCGGGACAACGGACCAGGCUCUAUCAAUGUGAAUAGCAACGGAGAAGAGUACUCAAGAGAAUGGGAACAGCUCACUCCCGACGUCAGCGAAGAAAUCAACGAACAACUCGAUGCGAUGGGCCUCGGAGGAGGGUUCUCUGACGGUCAAUUUCAGUUCGAAGCUCCAAACUUCCCGGCUCUUAUCGCCGAUGUAGCAAGCAACAAUGGAAAUGCCGUAUCGUCCUCGAAAACACUAGAGUUCUCAGUGAAUAAUGCUGAGGAUUUUGCAGCUGAGUUUGAGCAACAGGAGCAGAAAAUCCUUGAUUGGGUCCGACAGUAUUCUGAAGAUUUCUACAAUACUGUGAAGGCUCAGCUUGACCAAAUCGGAUCUAGCCUCGACUCUUAG